AUGGCUUCUCCCACAGUUUCAGCUCCCAAACGAGAAAAGGAUCCUAAGAAGAGGAUUGUCAUAACAGGAAUGGGCCUUGUUUCUGUUUUUGGCAGUGAUAUUGACACGUUUUAUAACAAACUUCUCGAGGGCGUGAGUGGAAUCUCACCAAUAGACCGAUUUGAUGCUUCAGAAUUUUCUGUUAGGUUUGCAGGUCAAAUUCGAAAUUUCUCUUCCAAGGGCUACAUUGAUGGGAAGAAUGAUCGCCGGUUAGACGACUGCUGGAGAUAUUGUUUGGUUGCUGGGAAGAGGGCCUUAGAAAAUGCCAGCCUUGGACAAGAAGUUCUUGAAACUAUGGACCGCACAAGAAUAGGAGUUCUGGUCGGAUCAGGCAUGGGAGGCAUAACAGCUUUCAGCAAUGGAGUGGAAGCUCUAAUUCAAAAGGGAUACAAGAAGAUAACUCCAUUUUUCAUUCCGUACUCCAUCACUAACAUGGGAUCUGCAUUACUUGCUAUAGAUACUGGCUUAAUGGGGCCUAAUUACUCCAUUUCGACAGCUUGUGCUACUGCCAAUUACUGCUUCUAUGCAGCUGCGAAUCACAUUAGAAGAGGAGAAGCAGAUAUCAUGGUAGCCGGGGGGACAGAGGCUGCUGUAAUUCCUACUGGAGUCGGAGGCUUUAUAGCAUGCCGAGCAUUGUCUCAAAGAAAUGACGAACCAGAAAGGGCAUCACGGCCAUGGGACAAAGAUCGUGAUGGUUUUGUCAUUGGCGAAGGCUCUGGUGUACUGAUUAUGGAAAGCUUGGAGCAUGCGAUGAAAAGAGGAGCUAAUAUUAUUGCAGAGUACUUGGGAGGUGCUGUUACUUGUGAUGCUCAUCACAUGACUGAUCCUCGAUCAGAUGGGCUAGGUGUUUCAUCUUGCAUAAUCAAGAGUUUGGAAGAUGCUGGAGUGGCCCCUGAAGAGGUGAACUACGUAAAUGCUCAUGCAACAUCAACCCUUGCGGGAGAUUUGGCUGAGGUCAAUGCCAUCAAGAAGGUCUUCAAGAACACCUCAGAGAUAAAGAUGAACGGUACCAAGUCGAUGACCGGGCAUGGCCUUGGAGCUGCUGGAGGACUUGAGGCUAUAGCUACUAUUAAAGCAAUCAGCACUGGCUGGUUACAUCCAACAAUCAACCAACAAAACUUGGAGCCUGAGGUUACCAUUGACACAGUCCCGAAUGUAAAGAAACAGCAUGAAGUAAAUGUUGGUAUCUCUAACUCAUUUGGCUUUGGUGGGCAUAAUUCGGUCGUUGCCUUUGCACCCUUUAAGCCUUAA